GUAAAACAAAACCUGUUGUCAGAGAUUGCAUCUGCAACCUUAAGAACUACCACAUUUCUGAUCUGCCUCCAAAUAAAUCGCUCCCCAAUCUGAGAUGGGGCUUUGGAAGGAAUUAGAGCGAAACUAUAUUACCAGUCUCUUUUAAAAAAUUACUUGCUUUAAGUCAAAGUUGGUCCAAGCAAAAACCAGAACCCAGUUUCGAAAUCUCAAUCUUUCCUGAGGAAUUUCCAUCGGUUUGAAGAAGCCCAGUUCAGGAAAGAGAACUCAGAUCAGAAAUAUUAUUUUAUUUUCAAUCUUCUCUGGUGUUGCCCAUUUCAGUAAAUGUUGUUCUGUCGAGCUGGGUGGCUGCUGACUUCUUGUUUUUCAAGAAAUAUGGUGUCGAAAACACAACUGACUUCAGGAAUUUCUAUUUUUCCUGAGGAAACUCGAUCACUUUGAUAUUUCCAGAUCAGGAGACAUUGAUUCGUGAACUGGAUUUUUGUUGUUUUCGCAAAGUUUGUAUCAGAAGAAGUUAAUAAUGGUAGAGGACGAGAAUCUCGAAGAAGCCCCUGGUGAUACUGAGAGGGAAAAAGAGUCUCAAAAGGAUUUUUGUGGUUGUUUUUGCAUUCCAAUCCGUUGGUUAAAAAUGCUUGCCUCUGAGAUGCAUUGGAGUUUUGUAUUUGGGGUGGUGGUUGUUUAUGGAAUAAGUCAGGGAUUAGGUGGAGCUCUUAAUCGCGUAGACAUGGAGUAUUACAUGAAGGAUGUCCAGAAGGUGCAGCCUUCUGAAGCACAGAUUUAUACAGCGAUAACUUCCAUUCCUUGGAUUGUCAAGCCUCUCUGGGGCCUUCUUACCGAUGUUCUUCCAAUUUUUGGGUAUCACAGGCGGCCUUAUUUCAUUUUAGCUGGUUUUCUCGGUGUGAUCUCCAUGCUCUUGUUAGCAUUGCACGAAAAGCUACAUCUUGUAUUGGCCCUACUGUCAUUGACAGCGGGAAGUGCUGGGGUAGCAAUAGCAGAUGUGACCAUAGAUGCCUGUGUGGCACAGAACAGUAUUAAACAUCCUUCUCUUGCAGCUGACAUGCAAAGCUUGUGUGCGUUGAGUUCCUCAAUUGGAGCACUAGUAGGAUUCUUCAUAAGUGGGAUCUUUGUUCACCUCAUAGGCCCAAAGGGGGUCUUUGGCUUGCUGACUAUCCCAGCUGUACUUGUAUUUUCAGUUGGAAGUCUGCUUGACGAGCCUUAUAUGCCCAACUUCGCUUACAGACAGGUAAACCAGAAGUUUCUAGAUGCUGUCAAGGCUAUGUGGACAACACUGAAAUGCCCAGACGUUUGGAAGCCAUGCUUAUAUAUGUACUUAUCCAUUGCAUUGAGCUUGGAUAUCCGUGAGGGAAUGUUCUAUUGGUACACCGACUCAAAGGGGGGACCCUCUUUAUCUCAGGAGAGUGUUGGCUAUAUGUUCUCAAUUGGUUCAGUUGGCUCCCUCUUGGGGGCGAUCCUCUACCAGAAUUUUCUUAAGGAUUACCCCUUCCGAGACUUGCUCUUCUGGACUCAGCUGCUUUUUGGUUUAUCAGGAAUGCUGGAUUUGAUCUUGGUGUUGCGAUUGAAUUUGAAAUUUGGCAUGUCAGAUUAUUUUUUCAUAGUUAUUGAUGAAAGUGUAUAUCAAAUGAUUGGAAGGCUCAAAUGGAUGCCUCUUCUUGUCCUCAGCUCAAAGCUUUGUCCCUCAGGUAUUGCAGGCACUUUCUUUGCUCUGCUCAUGUCGAUUGACAACGUCGGAAUUCUCUCAGCAUCAUGGGGAGGAGGCUUCCUCCUUCAUAUAUUGAAGGUUACCCGAACCAAAUUCGAUGGUCUAUGGUUGGCCAUAUUGAUUCGGAACUUGUUGAGAAUUAGUCCACUUUGUCUGCUGUAUCUGAUACCCAGAGGUGAUCCGAACUCCUCCGUUCUUCCAAGUGAAGUCUUGGGUACAAAAGAGGGGAUUGAAACGCAAGAAACUGAGGAUAUUGAAUUGGUUUCCCUCAUAAAUGAUGUUGAUGUCAAAUAGCUAAGUACAAAGUUAUUCAGAGCGAAAUAUUCUUGGAUUUUCAAUUACAAACAUAUGUAGAUGAAGCUAAAGUUGCAAGCUUGGGGCUGGCGAGGUGCAUUCUUGAGAUUAUGCGGGUAGCCCUUCUUUAUGAUUGUAACAUUUAUCUUCCCUUCAGUCUUUCCCUCAGACUUUUGUUGCAGAGUUUUUAAAAUUGAUGUUCAUAGAAUAUUGACCGGAUGAAAGACCAAAAACUUUUGAUACCGUUAUUGCUCUUUCAUUCAUGAAGCCUAAUGUCUAGUUAUAUGUUAAAUUGG